AUACACCUAAUCAUUACUUUCGCUAUUGUUCAUUUGAACCUUCCAUUUCACUCGAAUCCUCUUCUUCACACCUAGCUUUUCGACUUCCUAACUUAGGAACAACUCCUUCACAUAUUCGCCGUUGCAUUCGCUUUAUUCCCUCUAUCAAGAGUCAAUAUCACGGUCGCAUUACUUUUCGGCUUUCCUAUGUCGAGUAUUAUGCCUUGAACUUGGGUAGGGACAACCUUCAUCUACCCUCGUCACUGCUUCAACUCCUACUGACAUGUAAUAGAGGAAUUUCAAGAUGUCUUCCGCGUAUCCUCGCCAUCUCGCUGGCCAAAGUGCUCGAAUUGCUACUCGAUCGGCCAGCGGUGGUGGUCAUAUUGCGUCUCGAUCUGGCUCAUCCCAUGAGGAUCUCCUCAUCCCUCUAGGUCUCGUCCCUCAACUGAACGACGACGAGAGUUCGAUUCUGGCAAGUCCUCCUAUUAUCGUAGACGAACCAUCUCGUAAUGGAAUCAAGGGAUAUAGUUGGGGAUUCUUGUCGCGUCAAAUGAGGCCAUUCUCUUUACGCAAGACAUCGCUCCUAUUAUUGGCGUCAUUUCUUGUCGGCAGUACUUGGGUAUUCAGCAAGGAUGCGAAGAAGCUACCCAGCCAGGAGAUGCCGAUCAUCGACUCCUAUGUUCCUCCGAUUCCCCAUCCGCCCGCAGGAUACACCAUCCAAGCAGAAGGUCCUCAUCCAAUUCAGUGGCUUCGCAAGAAUACCUUCCUAGACAUCCAGGACCUGUCUUUGAGUCAACUACAGGAGUUGACAGAAACAAGACCAAAGGCGGCUUUCAUCUCCCUUGUGCGAAAUGAGGAAGUUGACGACAUGGUUUCCAGCAUCGUUCAGAUAGAGACACGUUUUAACUCUCGCCAGACCCACCGAUACGAUUGGGUAUUCUUCAAUAAUGAGGAAUUCACCGAGAGAUUCAAGGUUGCUGUGUCUGCAGCGACUAAUUCCCAAUGCCACUUUGAGCGAAUCCCAGAAGAGCAUUGGAGUAUUCCACCCUGGAUCGAUAUAACUCGUUUUGAUGUCGGUCGCCAGUUUAUGGGAGGCAUCGGUGUGGGCAAAGCAUGGCUACAGAGCUACCACCACAUGUGUCGCUGGAACGCCGGCAUAUUCGCAUUAGAGAAGCGUCUUGCUGAUUAUGACUGGUUCUGGCGGGUUGAACCUGCAGUGAAAUUUCACUGCGAUAUCAAUUACGACGUAUUCCGAUUCAUGGAAGAUAACGAUAUGGCGUACGGAUUCAACAUGGCCAUUCUCGAUGACGCUCGAUCCUUUCCAUCCCUCUGGGAAAGAACUAGGGCUUUCAUUGACCAUAAUGAAGAGCUGAUCGACGAAGAUGCUGAUUUUAAUUGGCUGCUGCACACAGCCGAUGAUCAAGAUCAUACUAUCCGCCCACAGACAGGUGUUGAGGCUCAGAUUGAUGGGGAGUACAAUAAUUGCCAGUUCUACUCCAACUUCGAAAUCGGGUCUCUUAACUUCUUCCGUGGCAAGGAACACAUGGCAUAUUUCGAUCAUCUGGAUAGAGCUGGUGGGUUCUAUUAUGAGCGGUUCGGAGAUGCUCCCGUUCAUACACUUAGCGUUAGCAUGUUUCUGCCCAAGACUCGCAUUUGGUAUUUCCGUGAUAUCGGCUACGCACAUGGUCUUUGCGAACAAUGUCCCCCCCACGAGCAUCACCUAGGACCCGAGCCGAACUCGAAUGGCCUACUAUCUAGAGAUGUUAGGCAACAAGCAGCUUCUACCAGAGUUGAUGAAGGUAACACGUCAACCGUAGCUGCAGGACCAUUCGAAAGCCUUGGAAGUAGUCAUCGACGAUGGAAUACUAUGGCCCAAGAUGUUGAGCGCCAGAAAGGAAUCCCUGGACUCUCCUGUGGUUGUACUGUGAGUGCGAUCGACAACAAUAACGCCAAGCUGGUGCCUUAUGAGUCGAAGCAGCGCAAACCCGCAGACCCGUGCAUUCGUAAGUUCCUUGGUGGUGAAUGGCUCGUUAGGGAGAACAGGAAGUCUGAUUUCAAUAGUGUCACAGAAAUUGUUGCGGAUAGUGAUGGUCCUAAGUACGUUUUGGAUGGCCGAGAUGGUAGGAUCAUCCACUAGAGGCACAUUCCAAAGAGCAGUACUAUACACAAGUAUUGUCCUUGGUUCGUUUUGGGGUCUGCUUUGGACUGUCAGCCAGCUUAUCCCAUCAUCUGGCAUCGAUAACCCACAUAAAUUAUAUCUUCAUGUUCCUCUGAACUGGGACCAGCAAGACGACAGAGUCAAGGUGAUUCUUCAAGGACCCUAGAUGUCCUAGUAGAGCCAAUCAUCCAUAUUGUCGUGUCUGCGUGAGACCGAUCACCAUUAGCAGGACGAUUUUCGGCACUGCACCUUUGCCCAUCACAGCCCCUUCUUCAGUCUUUGAUAUAUCACGCAAUAAACCCCCUUUUCUCUUUGCUCUAGU